GCUGUUUUCACAGACUUUAGAUAUAACUAUAUGUUUUGUUACAGUGGCUUGAACUUCCAAGACCUGAUUGUGCGUCAGGGCGCCAUCGACUCCCCGCCGAAGACUCCAUUCAUCCUCGGCUUCGAGUGCGCCGGCGAGAUCGAGCAGGUCGGCGAGGGUGUUACUAACUUCAAGGUCGGAGAUCAAGUAGUGGCUCUGCCCGAAUACAGAGCAUGGGCGGAGCUGGUCUCCGUGCCGGCUCAAUACGUGUACGCCCUACCUGAGGGUAUGACCGCGCUGGACGCGGUGGCGGUCACCACCAACUACGUGGUGGCUUACCUGCUGCUCUUCGAGAUGGCCAACCUCACCCCAGGCAAGAGCCUGCUCGUGCACUCCGCCGGCGGUGGUGUGGGCCAAGCGGUAGCACAACUGGCGAAGACAGUGGACAACGUGACGGUGUUCGGCGUCUGCUCGAAGACCAAGCACGAGGCGCUCAAGGCCAACAACAACAACAUCGACCACCUCCUCGAGAGAGGCAGCGAUUACACCAACGAAGUCAGAAAGAUUUCCCCUGACGGUGUGGACAUCGUGCUGGACUGCCUGUGCGGCGAGGAAUGUAACCGCGGCUACCAGUUAUUGAAGCCUAUGGGACGGUACAUUCUCUAUGGUUCAUCUAACAUCGUGACCGGUGAGACUAAGAGCUUCUUCAGCGCCGCUCGUGCUUGGUGGCAAGUGGACAAGGUGUCUCCGAUCAAGCUGUUCGACGAGAACAAGAGCCUGGCGGGGCUGAACCUGCGGCACCUGCUGUUCCAGCACGGGCGCGCGGACUACGUGCGCCGUGCGGUAGACAACGUGUUCUCGCUCUGGGGACAGGGCAAGGUGAAGCCGCUCGUCGACUCCACCUGGGCACUCGAAGACGUUGGCGAGGCUAUGCAGAAGAUGCAUGACCGUAAGAACAUCGGCAAGCUCGUUCUCGAUCCUUCUCUCGAGCCGAAGCCUAAGCCCGCCACUCCCGCCAAGGGCAAGGCCGGCAAGGAGAAGAAACCAGCCAAAGAGAGCUCCGAGGAGAAGAAGGACAAGGAGACCAAGGAUGAGGAUAAGAAGGCGGCAGAAGACGGCCAGAAGAACGGCGAGAAGAACGGUGAGGAGCCUCUCACUAACGGUAACAGCGACGAAGAGUCGAAGGAGAAAGAGAAGGAGUCUAGCUGAAUUCGUCCAGAAGCCUGGAGCCAACGAACCACCGCCGAUUCAUUAUUUUAGAGUUGAAGCUGAUGUUAGGAUGGCACGCAUGCCACCGCCACGCCACGCCACGCUUGCACACGGCGCGCGCGGCCGCCAUUACUGUGUUGCCUCAUGUUUUAUUAUGUUUAAUCUAAAAUAAAUAAGUCUGAGCGCGGCCCUGUUCGAUUCUU